AUGGACACGAUCAAAGACGAUUCAGUCGGCCUGAGCAGUGAUGAGAGUAGACUCAUCAGCCUCGGCCACAGGCCAGAGCUGAAGCGCACAUACAAUUUCUGGAGCUUAAUGGCAUAUCAGACCACCAUUUUAUGCUCGUGGAGUUGCAACAUUGUCAUGUUCUACUACAUCUUCACCCUCGGCGGACCGGUUUGUCUUGUCUGGGGAACCGUCGUGGUCACGAUCGGACAACUUCUGGUGAUGGCGUCGUUGGCUGAAUACUGCUCCAUCUGGCCUACAGCAGGAGGUCAACAAUUCUAUACCCAGGUUGUUGCCCCUGAGAAAUCUCGACGCUUCCUAUCAUACCUGGUCGGCUGGUGCGUUUUGGUGGGAGAAAUCUCGACAUCCAGCUCCUGCGCCUUGAAUAGUGCACAGAUUGUGGCGGCUCUUGUUGAGAUCAUACAUCCAGAUGUUGACUGGAAACCUUACAUGACAUGGCUUAUCUAUACCGGCUUCCUUGUUGCCCCUGCGGUGUCGAAUUUGCUUCCAAAAUAUCUUCCGGCCCUGCAGCUUUUUGGCGCAUUCUUCAACAUCUCGAACGCGCUCAUCUGGACGAUCGUCUUUCUCGUCCUAGCCGACAAGAACAGCUCAAAAUUUGUCUUCACGGAAUUCCUCAACACAUCAGGCUGGACUUCCAAGGGUUGGGUCUUCAUUUUGAGCAUGUACGUCCCCAUCUACGGCCUCUAUGGAAGCGACGGUGUGAUGCACUUGGUCGAGGAAAUGAAAAACGCCUCGCGUGAUGCUCCUCGAGUCAUGGUGUGGUCUAUGGUAUGGGCCGGCGUAACUGCCUGGCUUUCAGCAAUUGUCAUGUGCUACACGGUAGGCCCUAACUGGGAAAAUUAUCUCGAAGCAACAUCCUCCUAUGUGGCAUGGUUCAUUGACGUGCUGAACUCGACAUAUGGUGGAGGAAUAUGGGUUGCUGUCAUGAUGAUGGGUCUCAACUAUCUGAUCAUUGUCAAUAUGAACACCGCCGGUUCACGUCUCGCGUGGUCGAUGGCUCGCGACAGAGCCUUCCCCUAUUCGGAUUAUUUUGCCCAAGUCAACAAGCGAUUUCAGAUGCCUCUCCGAGCCAUGAUGGCCUUCAUUGUGUUGAACCUCCUUACAGGCCUCCUUGUGUUGGGAAGUUCGCUGGCCUUUUACGCCAUCAUUUCGGGAGGUGGCGUGGCCUUGCAGAUCUCUUACUGCGUACCGAUUCUUUGCGUGGUUCUACGAGGUCGUCAACACCUGCCACCGCGACCGCACUUCGAUCUUGGUCGAUGGGGCUACGCAGUCAAUGUUGCGGGUCUGCUCUGGAGCAUCGUCGUGGUUCUCUUCUAUAUCUUCCCGCAGUACGUCCCCGUCGUGGGUGAUAUAGCGAACAUGAACUGGGCAAUCGUCAUCCUCGCGGGCGUGGUGUUCUUUGGCGGAGUGUACUGGCUCUGGAAAGGCCGACACGAAUACCUGAUUUUCAGCAACUCGAUCCUCGACGACAACGUGGUGAUUCACGGAGAAGCUGUUGUCACUGGCCGGGAUGCUGCUGCCACUUUUGGGCAACCUCAGCCCGAAAAGAGACUCGAGCUUUAA